UAAGUCCAGCUCUCUACCUCGUGGCCAGGCUUGCUUUUUUCCUCCUGACUGCAUUGGGAACUACAGUACUCAGCGUGCCGUGGCCAUGGGGCUGGCCAGCAGAGCUGUGGGGACACUGGUGGUCUCGAGUCGGGCACCUCUCCCCUCUCUCUGGAGGUUAGCGCUGCUCUUUCUCUCCAUCUGGGAGCUGGAUGCACAAACCGCAGUGGAAAAUAAACCCCUGUACAUCUGGCAAACAGGUCCGUGGGGUCGUUGUAUGGGCAGUGAGUGUGGUCCUGGAGGGAGCCAGAGCAGGGCGGUAUGGUGCGCCCAUUCUGAAGGCUGGACCACCCUGCACACAAACUGCAAUCAGACGGAACGUCCGGACAACCAGCAGAGCUGCUUCAGAGUGUGCGACUGGCACAAAGAUCUGUACGACUGGCAGCUGGGUGCCUGGAACCAGUGCGUUCCAGUAUCGAUGCGCAGUGCAGGGGUGCAGCGCCCUGCUGUGUGCACCCGGGGUGAGGAGGGCAUCCAGACCCGUGAGGUGGGCUGUGUCCAGAAAGCGAAUGGUGAGCCCGCAGAGGACGCAAUCUGUGAAUACUUUGAGCCUAAACCACGCCUAGAGCAGGCCUGUCUUAUCCCCUGUCCUCGGGACUGUGUGGUCUCAGAGUUCAACCUGUGGACUCCCUGUUCAAAAACUUGUGGAAUGGGCUUACAGAAUCGGAUCCGUGUCAUUCUGGCGCCACCACUGUUUGGCGGGGCAGUCUGUCCAAACCUGACUGAGUUUCAGACAUGCCAGCCAGGGCCCUGUGAGGGAGAGGAGAGCCUCUUCAGCCUCAGGGUGGGACCUUGGGGGCCCUGCUCUGUCCCGCUGCCAAGGCAAGCCAGACAAAAAAGAGAGAAAAUGAGAGAGAAAGCCCGAGACAGGUUAAGGGAAAGGGGCAAGUCAAAGGAUCCUGAGACGAGAGAACUCAUCAAGAAGAAGAGGAACAGGAACCGUCAGAACCGCCCAGGAGGAAAGUUCUGGGACCUGCAGGUCGGCUACCAGACCAGAGAAGUCUCGUGUGUCCACAAGAAUGGGAAUGUUGAAGCUCUCAGCCUGUGCUCUCAGCAGACAUUGCCGGUGACCUUCCAGGCCUGUGUCAUGACCAGAGACUGUGACGUGACUGAAUGGUCUGAAUGGUCAGCUUGCUCCAAGGAGUGCUAUGACCCCAACGGGCCCAAGGGUGAACGCACGCGCACCAGAAAAGUCAGCCAGUUCCCGAUCGGUGGAGGAAGCGACUGCCCGGAGCUGGAGGAGAAGGAGCCCUGCAGCCCCCAGGGAGAUGCAGUGCCACCCUGCAUUGUUUACAGCUGGAAGACCACAGAGUGGACUGAGUGCAGGGUGGAUGUGCUGCUGAGCCAACAGGACCGUCGGCGUGGAAACCAGACAGGGUUAUGCGGAGGUGGGAUUCAGACUCGGGAGGUCUACUGCAUCCAGAGCAUCACUGAAACACAACCCAACCUCAGCUCACUCAGGAGCAAAGAAGCUCUGCGACCAGUGGACAGUGAUCUGUGUCAGGGCAUCCCCCCGAACACCACCCAGCUCUGCCACAUUAGCUGUCCUGUGGAGUGUGAGGUCUCUUCAUGGAGCGCCUGGGGACCCUGCACCUAUGAAAACUGUCAAGACCAGACAACCAAGAAAGGCUUCAAACUGAGGAAGAGGAAGAUUGUCAAUGAGCUAAUGGGCUGGACAGGGAACUGCCCCCAUUUGGUGGAGGCAAUACCGUGUGAAGACCCCAGCUGCUACGACUGGCUGGUGAUUAAAUUGGAGGAGUGUAUCCCUGAUAAUGAGAAGGAGUGCGGGCCAGGAACCCAGAUCCCUCAAGUGCAGUGUAUCGACAGUGAUGGUAAAUACGUGGAGAGGCAGCUCUGCCGUGAUGCCAUCCUGCCCAUGCCUGCCAUCUGCGAGGUGCCUUGCCCAAAGGACUGUGUCCUGAGCCCCUGGACCCCUUGGUCUCUCUGCUCCCACACCUGCUCUGGAAAGAGCACAGAGGGCAAGCAGACCAGAGCUCGCUCCAUCCUUGCCUAUAAUGCAGGAGAAGGUGGAAUCCUCUGUCCCAACACCAGUGCCUUGCAGGAGGUGAGGAGCUGCAAUGACCAUCCCUGCACUGUGUACCACUGGCAAACGGGCCCGUGGGGGCAGUGCAUAGAAGACUCCUCCAUUCCAGCCACCAACACGUCCCUGAGCCGAACCCCGGGUGACGACGCCUCCUGCUCAGUGGGGAUGCAAACCCGCAAGGUCAUCUGUAUCCGGGUCAAUGUGGGCCAGGUUCCUCCCAAAAAGUGUCCAGAGAGCCUGCGCCCAGACACCGUCAGGCCCUGCUUACUGCCAUGCAAGAGAGACUGCAUCGUCACCCCGUACAGUGACUGGAGCGCCUGCCCGUCAACAUGUCAAGCAGGUGGCAACACUAAGAAGAAGCAGUAUAAGAAACGUAUUGUUAUCCAGUUACCAGCCAAUGGGGGGCAGGACUGUCCUGAAGUGUUGACCCAGGAGAGGGAGUGUGAGUCUCCAUCUGUCUGUCAAGGAUACCGAUGGAAAACUCACAAGUGGCGGCGGUGCCAGCUGGUCCCGUGGUCGGUUCGUCAGGACAGUCCUGGAGCUCAGGAAACGUGUGGGCCGGGGCUUCAGAUUCGAGCUGUUUCGUGCCGGAAGCAGGAUGGUGGGCAGGCAGACAUCGAGGCUUGUCUUAAGUUUGCCAGAUCCAUGCCGCCUCUCAUCCAGCACUGCCAGCUGCCCUGCCAAGAAGACUGUCAACUCAGCAGCUGGUCCAAGUUUUCCUCCUGCACAGCCAACUGCGUGGGCGUCAGGACACGCAAGAGGAUGUUAGUGGGGAAGAGCAAAAAGCGUGACCAGUGUAAAAACCACCAGAUGUAUCCACUGAGCGAGACACAGUACUGCCCAUGUAACAAAUACAACGCCCAGCCUGUGGGCAACUGGUCGGACUGUAUCCUACCUGAGGGCGGCCGCGUGGAGGGUCAGCUGGGCAUGAAGGUCCAAGGGGACAUCAAGGAGUGUGGCCAAGGAUAUCGCUACCAGGCCACGGUGUGCUAUGACCAGGACAACCGCAUAGUGGAGACCUCUCGCUGCAACAGCCACGGAUACAUCGAGGAGGCUUGCAUCAUCCCCUGUCCAUCUGACUGCAAACUAAGUGAGUGGUCCAACUGGUCGCGCUGCAGCAAGUCGUGUGGCAGUGGUGUCAAAGUUCGCUCCAAGUGGCUCAGAGAAAAGCCCUACAACGGCGGGAGACCAUGUCCUAAACUGGACCACGUAAACCAGGCUCAGGUGUAUGAGGUGGUGCCUUGCCUCAGUGACUGUGGGCAGUACGUCUGGGUGGCAGAGCCCUGGAGCGUAUGGAAGGUCAGCAACGUGGACCUGAAGGAAAACUGUGGUGAAGGUGUUCAGACCAGGAAAGUCAGGUGUAUGCUGAAUACUAUAGAUGGUCCCUCUGAGCAAGUGGAGGACUACCUGUGUGACCCAGAGGAGAUGCCCUUGGGGGCUCGCAACAGCCGGCUGCCCUGCCCCGAGGACUGCGUGUUAUCAGACUGGGGAGCCUGGAGCCCGUGUGCACUGCCGUGCAGUGGGAACAGUACCCGGGAGAGGAGCGCUUACCCGCUCCGCCAGCCUGGAGAGGAGAAGGAGUGUCCUCCGACGAAAGAGACCGAGCCCUGCAAACUCAACAGCAACUGCUUCCACUACUCCUACAACAUCACCGACUGGAGCACCUGUCAGCUGAGUGACAGAGCUGUGUGUGGGAACGGCAUCAAAACCCGCAUGUUGGACUGUGUGCGUAGCGACGGUAAAUCUGUCGACCUCAAGUUCUGCAAAGAGCUGGGCCUGGAGAGGAAGUGGCAGAUGAACGCCUCCUGUGUGGUGGAGUGCCCCGUCAACUGCCAGCUGUCCGACUGGUCCCCGUGGUCUGAGUGCACUCACACCUGUGGGCUGGCAGGGAAGCUGUGGAGGAGACGGACUGUGAUCCAGGCUCCUCAGGGGGACGGCAGACCGUGUCCGUCCCAGAUGGAGCAGUGGAAACCUUGCCUCGUGAAGCCCUGCUACAGCUGGAGAUACAGCAGCUGGUCUGACUGCAAGUCUGAGGGGGCGAGGUGUGGAGAAGGCCUGCGCUUCAGGAACGUGUCGUGCUUUGUGUCGGAUGGUUCGGGGGAGCAGGACAGCAGCCAGGUGGAUGAUGAGCUGUGCGGAGAUCUGGAGCCUUCAGUGGACGGAGACGCACACAUUGUCCUGCAGGAGCCCUGUACUGUGCCCUGUCCGGGAGAGUGCUACCUGGAGGAAUGGACCGUUUGGAGUCCGUGCCAGCUGAGCUGCGUGAGUGGCCAUGACCUGGGUUUCGGCUCAGUCCAGGUCCGAUCCAGAGCUGUGGUGGCCCAGGAUCCGGAGAACCUGCUGCAGUGUCCAGAACAGGAACUGGAGGCACGGCCUUGUACAGACGGUCAGUGUUUUGAAUACAAGUGGAAGACUGGACCAUGGAGAGGCUCAUCUCGCCAAGUCUGGUGUCAGCGCUCAGAUGGACUGAAUGUCACAGGUGGAUGCCCGGUGACUACCAAGCCGAUGGCUGACCGAUCCUGUGACCCGCCCUGCACCAAACCGCGCUCUCUCUGCACUGAGCUCGGCGUGUGCGGCUGUGAAGAGGGCUACACUGAAGUGAUGACGUCCGAUGGCCUGCUGGACCAGUGCACCGUCAUCCCGGUGCUGGAGAUCCCCACCGCAGGCGACAACAAGGCCGACGUCAAGACCAUCCGAGCCUUUAACCCCACCCAGCCCGCAGCCAGCACACCGAGCAGGGUGGGACGCACCUGGUUCCUGCAGCCCUUCGGUCCAGACGGGAAGCUGAAGACCUGGGUGUAUGGAGUAGCAGCGGGAGCGUUCGUUCUGCUCGUCUUCAUCAUCUCCAUGACAUACUUAGCAUGUAAAAAGCCAAAGAAGCCACAGCGACGGCAGAUGAACAGCAGACUGAAGCCGCUGACUUUAGCCUACGAUGGAGACGCCGACAUGUAG